AUAUGCAACAGGUUUAUCGGUGAAGAAUCUGUUUAUAUUCAUUAGUAUCUGUAUUUUUGAAGACAUAACACACUCCAUGGAAAUGUUCGAAUAACAAAACAUUUUUUUACUAGUUUCAAGAUUGCGUGUUUACCAACGCCAAUAGUGUACGUAGGCAUAUUGUCCCAAAAUUCAAAUGAGUCACACUUCAAUUAAUAACAUAUUCCAAUCAACUGUUGGAGUUAAAUAUAUAGUUACGAGUUAAAUAUUCAUCCCUCAGUAUCGUAAACUCCAGCUGAUCUGAACUGCGACUACGGUAAAAUGAAGGGAAAAUGGCAUUUGGCUUACGAAGUGCAUCGUGUGUUUUUUGGAACAGCAUUCUUACUUCUGACAUGUUCGUGUCUUCGUGCCAUGAUUCGUGCUACUAAAACAACGCCACUCUUCACCAAAUCUCGCAUCAGCUACGCAAUAAAUGCUGUCCUCGUUUUUUUCACCUUAAGUCGAGCAUUGGCGCUGCUUUUACAUGGAUACAUAAACGACGAAGCAAUCCUAACAGUUUUUGCGUUGGACAAAUUUCUUUUGAACAUAGGUUUUCCAUGUUUAAUAGCUGCGUAUACUCGCAUGAUCUACCCUUGGCUCGAAUAUCUUAAACAUCGUGUACGGCGUGUGUUCAAUAUUCUGAUAGUGCAAUGCUAUAUAUUUAUCCUAGCAGGAAUCGUAGGGACAACUAAUUAUGAUCAACAUGUAAGUUUAUACGUCAAACUCGUACUAUCAUCAUGCUCUUUUCUGUGUGCACUGUGCGCCUUCAUUACUUACGCGAAGACUUUCUAUAGCAAUUCUUCUAACGAUAUUGAAAAAUCGAAUGGCCUGACUGUAGGAAUCAUUAAUACAACAAGCUGUGAAACGGCAGCCAAUGACAUGAAUGAAAGGAAAGGUACAACUGAAGAAAACAUCGUUACUGUCUCGAUAUCGUGUAUAUGGAUCAUAUGCUUUGUGAUCUGGGGCUGUAUUGUGUCUGGAAACCUUAAGCGGUGGGAAAGCGAUAUAUACGUCGAGAGUUGGUAUUCGUGGAUGUACGCAAACGUACUUCGUAUGAUAGAAUUGGGAAACGCUGCCAUCAUGUCACAUCUGGUACAACGUGUCACGCUCAAGCAAAAAUUUCCGUUGCAGAUGUAAACUGUAAAACAUUCAGUCGAUUAUGUUAUCUCGACUGUGACCGAGUUUAGAGGAUCUCAGAAUUUAGAGAGUGCAAUAACAAUUCGUUAUACUUGAAUAUAUUUUUAAAAUUAAACAAAUAAUGAAACAUGCAUGCAUGGCUGAUAUUGUCCUUGGGGAGACACAAUCCCUUAGCGGAUAGUGCCCAGCUGGGGAUUUCUCUGCAGGUGAGACAGUAUCCGCUGUAGAGUUUGGGUAUUUUCAUAGCUCCAGGGUCGAAAAUCCAGGGUCGCAAGCAUAGAAUAAAGAUCCACAUAGAAGGGCAACUUACGUCGGAAGCUUUGAAGUUUCUGUCCUCGCGCAUGUCGCAUUACGCAUGUUGGCCGCCAUUUUUCUAGCCAGUCAAUGACAUUUUCUGGCCAAUAAACACGCUGUACUGGCUGGCUGCUCCGCCUUCUGGUCAGUAAACUGCAUAUUUUUGCAUAAAAAAACGAGGACACGUUGCACCGCUGAGUGGCCAUUCUGUUACUGAUCUUUAUUCUGUG